GGGGUGGAGCCACGAAGGCGCGGCGGAAGAGGCGGGGGAGGGCGGUCCCGGCGUGCGGCGCCCGCCAGCACAAUGGCCAAAGCCCGCGGCCGAGCUCCAGCCCCACCCAGUGCGCUGUGCGCCGCGGGCCGCCCCACUUGCUGUGUGGGCGCCGGGCCAUGUACUCGGGGAACCGCUGCAGCGGCCAGGGUUACUGGGAGGGCGGCGGGCCCGAAGACCCGGCGCCAGCGGGGACGCUGAGCCCCGCGCCGCUCUUCAGCCCGGGCGCCUACGAACGCCUGGCGCUGCUGCUUGGCUCUCUCGGGCUGCUGGGCGUCGGCAACAACCUGCUGGUGCUCGUCCUCUACUAUAAGUUCCAGCGGCUGCGCUCUCCCACCCACCUCUUCCUGGCCAACAUCAGCCUCAGCGACCUGCUGGGGUCCCUCUUCGGGGUCACCUUUACCUUCGUGUCCUGCCUGAAGAACGGCUGGGUGUGGGACGCCGUGGGCUGCGUGUGGGACGGGUUUAGCAGAAGCCUCUUCGGGAUUGUUUCUAUUACCACCCUCACGGUGCUGGCCUAUGAACGUUAUAUUCGUGUGGUCCAUGCCAGAGUGAUCAAUUUUUCCUGGGCCUGGAGGGCCAUUACCUACAUCUGGCUGUACUCGCUUGCAUGGGCAGGAGCACCUCUCCUGGGCUGGAACAGGUAUAUCCUGGACAUCCAUGGACUAAGCUGCACUGUGGACUGGAAAUCCAAAGAUGCCAACGAUUCCUCCUUUGUGCUCUUCUUAUUUCUUGGCUGCCUGGUGGUGCCUGUGGGUGUCAUAGUCCACUGCUAUGGCCAUAUUCUGUACUCCAUUCGAAUGCUUCGUGGUGUUGAAGAUCUUCAGACAAUUCAAGUGAUGAAGAUUUUAAGAUCUGAGAAUAAAGUGGCCAUAAUGUGCUUCUUGAUGGUCUUCAUCUUCCUGGUCUGCUGGAUGCCUUACAUUGUGAUCUGUUUCUUGCUCGUUAAUGGUUACAGACACCGAGUCACACCCACAGUAUCAAUUGUUUCUUACCUGUUUACUAAAUCCAGCACUGUAUACAACCCUGUUAUUUAUGUCCUUAUGAUUAGAAAGUUUCGAAGAUCCCUCUUACAACUUCAUUGUUUACGACUGCUGAGAUGCCAGCAACCUGCUAAAGACCUUCCAGCAGUUGAGAGAGAAAUGCACAUCAGACCCAUUGUGAUGUCACAAAAAGAUGGGGACAGGCCAAAGAAGAAAGUGACUUUUAAUUCUUCUUCCAUCAUUUUUAUCAUCACCAGUGAUGAAUCACUAUCUGUUGAUGACAGUGACAGAACCAGUGGGUCCAAGGUUGAUACAAUCCAAGUUCGUCCUUUAUAGGAAUGAAAGACUGAGCCUUAGAUUGGAUGUCACAUUUGGACUUCAAUUAUAAGGAUCGUUCUGGAAUCCACCUUCUAUGUAAUAGCAACACAACUUUGUGGGCCAGCAAGAAAUCGAAAUUGCCCGCAUGCUCUCUGACCUCAAGAAGAAACUGAACAAGGCACAUUCUCUAAUUUGAUGGGUGCUUUAUGUAACAAAAGCCACUUAAGGCACAAGAGGGUAUCUGGCACCAUCAUCUUCUAAUAUGUUAGAAUUUUUAUUUCAGAUAUAUUUUUGAAUGACUGUAUUUGCCAAAGCAUAUAAUAUGUUUUUGUUGAAAAUGUUUCAUUGUAAAAAUAACUUUGUUCCAGACACAUGUGUGAAAUAGCUAGACCAUAUUUAAUUUUAUGCAGUGUGGGUUCUAUUUAGAGUGAUGACAUAUGUUUGACCAAACGGAAUUUAUCAAGGAGAUAAUUUCUAAGAUAAAAAUAAAUUCCCUACCUUUAUCUGUAACCAUAUAUCUAAAUGAAGAGGAGCUUCAGACUAAUGAGCUGCUGGGCAAGUUCCAGAAUGUACUACUAAGAACAUCAUAGCAAAGAGAAAGAAUACAAUGACUUCAUGGCAGUUAUGGCAUAUGGUUAAUUAUGCAGCCAUAUGAGAAAGUACAUGAUGAAGAUGCUGUUGAUGGCAGAUGAGUAUUCCCAUCUAUUUCAUUUUGAACAUGAGCAGGGCAGGAUUAUUCUUUCCUUGUAGUAAUUUCCCAGAAUUUUGCCAGGAGUUCUGGAUUUAGAAAAGGAGUUCUAAGUUCUAAGUAAACAUGCUUACUUUGAAGAGAUAUGGAAGUAAGAAUUUGAAUGUAUUCAUAAAAAGUAUUAUUUAGUUUUCAUUGCUUAUCAAUCAGCCUAUCAGUCAGUGAUAAUGAAGAGGGCAUUUUUCCCUCCCUCUGUCUCUUUUAGAACUAGUAACAAACCAGAAUAUGCUACCCUCAAAUAAGCUUCAUUUUGCAUAAUGAUUAUUUUGAGCUGGAGCAAUUGAGAAGAAGCCAUAUGAGGAAAGCUUUCUGCCUCUUUAUUUGCCUAAAAGCAGGACCCAGACUUACAAAUGUGACAGAUUCUGGGAAGAUGGCAGAACAGUAAGCAGCAAAGUAAAUAGCCUCUCUGAGAGAAACAGCCCAGAUGCUGGAAUAUAGCAUUCUGGAGAAGACAAGAUGGAAAGAAAUGGAUUCCUUCAACCCAGGAAGAAACUAAUGUGAAAAUUGAAGCCCACAGACAGAAGAGAGAGAGAGAGAGAGAGAGAGAGAGAGAGAGAGAGAGAGAGAAGAAAAGAAAAGAAAAACUUAAACAGAAAGCAAUAGCCAGAUCCAGCUUUCACUGGAAUUGGUCCCACUAUGUGAAAAACACCACUAGAAUCCAGAGAUGCAUGGUCACAGUGAAGCUGGGGGUUGGCAAGCCUGAAGGCCUCAGUGGAAAGAUGCAGUGGUGGAGGGGAUCAGUGGACCAGAGAGUUGUACUGGCUGGCAGAAGUGCCAGGAACCCCACUACCCACUUGUCUGGAAGAAACCAGGAACAUGACAAGAGGAAGAAACAAAAGGCAGUCUCCGGCCUCCAACCCAAACAGUACUGGCCCAAGAGAGGUAAACACAGAAGAGAUCAGGAGUUGCACACCUGCAAUUUUUGAAGCAACAGCAUCUGACAUAAAGAAACAACUUCAUGAAACUAUAAAAGAACUUAAAACACAAAUAUCAAUACAAGUAAAGGAAGAUAUAAGAAAAAUAAAAAAGGAAAUGCUCUCUCAAGAAGACACAGAGGGAAGAAUAGAGGAGCAUAGAAAAAGGAGGGAAACCUUUGAUGAAGAAUAUAAAAAAAAUUAGAAUACAUGAAACAGAUUCAAAGAAAUUACCAGGAAAUUAAAAACUCCAUUGAAAGCUGGCAAAACUGCUUGACAGAAACUAAAGAUAUACUAUCAAACCUUGAAGACAGGUUUGCAGCUUGCGAUCACGAAAGGAAAGAUCUGUUAAAAAUAACAAGGAACCAGAAAGUAACGAUACAAGGGCUAGAAGACAACAAGAGGAUCUAAGACUUAAGAAUACAAAAUGUGAGUGAGGAAGCAGGGGUAAACACAAAUGAAAUACAAAGGUUAUUUACAGAAAUAAUUAAAGAAAACUUCCCAAGUAUAGGAAAAGAAAAUGAUAUUCAGAUAUAUGAGGCAUACAGAACUCCAGCCAUCUACAACCAAAAUAGAUCUACAGACAUAUAAUAACUAAGGUCCCAGAAAUUCAACACAAGAACAGAAUAUUAAAAGCUGUCAGAAAAAAUAAACAGAUCACCUACAAAGGAAAUCAAGAAAAGCUUGAAGUAUUCCAAGCCCUGAAAGAAAAUAACCUCCAACUCAGAUUAAUGUACCCUUCAGAACUGUCUCUCAAAAUCAAUGGAAUAGCAAGAUGCUUCCAUGACAAAGAGAAACUGGGGGAGUUUGUGACCACCAAUCUAACCCUAUAAAAAAUACUGAAGGACAUUCUAGAGAGAGAGAAAAAAGACCAUGGUUUCAGGAACAGUGGCAGAGGGAGUUCACUGAACAGGGCAGACAAUGGAAUGAAGGAGAGAGGUAGACAGCCAACGGCAGAAAAAUAGCAUGGCAGAAAUGAGGCAGAGAAGGUUGGCCAUAAUCACUAAUAUAGAUGGCUCAAUACACUAAUAAAAAGAAACACAGGCACAGUGGAUCAGAGAUAGGGUCCAUCAAGAUGCUCUAUAUAAAAAAUAUAAUUAACCUGAAAGAGAGUUUAUGGACUGAAAGUCAAACAUAAGAAAAUAAUGCUCUGUGUGACAGGAAACCGAAAAAAGUGGGGAUAACUUGCCCAUCAACUGCAGAUUGGUUGGAAAGACAAAACUUUUAUGCAAUGGAGAACCACUCAGCUAUAAGAAAAGAAUACCUUAAGGCUUUUGUAGGUAAAUGGAUACAACUUGAGAUCAUGUUCUGGGGUAAAAUGUUCAGAACACUUAGGUAAAUAGUGGGUUGUCUCCCUAAUCUAAAAAAUAAAGGAGUUAGUGGAAUACAAAAUGUACAAUGCACCCUGUGAAAGUGAAAAGGGAGGAAUUGUCUAAAAAGAGAAGGCAGUGGCCAUUGUUAAUCCUGUAUCAGGAUUUGAAACCCAUAUUGUUUUCAUCACUCUGUUUAGUUUGGAUAUAUUGUGUUCCAGUUGGUCUACUUGUACUAGAUUUGAUGGCAUGGACAGCUAUUUCAAAGAUUGCAGGAUGUACUAUGAUAACCAUUUUUUAUUUCCUAUUAACUUAAUUUGAAGGCCUGUAUUGGUUUUCACUGUCUUGUUUUGACUGAUUUUAUUUGAAUCUGUUUUGUUUGAUUACUGUCUUGUUUUGACUGAUUUUAUUCAAAUAUGUUUUGUUUGAUAGUAUCAAGUCUGAGAGUAUAGGCAACUACUUUGAAGACAGUAAGAUUCACUAUAAUACCCAUUCUGGUUUAACUAUUAUCUUCUUUUGAAGUCCUAUAAUAUCUCCAAUGUUUUGUUUUUCUCAAUUUUGUUCUGUACUGUUAUGUUCAAUUUUAUGAUGCCUGAUGAUAUGGGCAAUUCUAUUGAAGAUAACAAGAGACAUUAUGGUAACCAUUAUUGAUCACCUUGUAUUUUGGUUUUAAGUCAUAUACUCUGUCCAUCCUUUUGUUUUGAUUGACCCUAUUUUGUUUUCUCUCAUUUGGUUUUAUUCUCUUCAAAAUAAAAAAAAAUUUUUUUAAAAACCCCAAAGUUACAAAUAUGUUCCCUUCUCUCUGCUAGAAAAAACAAGGUUGAUCACCAAAUAUAACUAAAACACUCUCAGUCUGGAGACAGCACCAGAAGACUCUGCAUAGCAAACUCCCAUUUAUUUGCCUUCCUACAAGUUGCUGCCCUCAGAGUCUCCAAGUACAUUUUCUUUGUCUUGGUACUUCUCUAAAAUUUACAGUUCUUUGUGGAAGAUGCUAAGCCAGUUCUUUGAGAUUUACUCAUUCUCUGGGUAUCUUCCAUGUGAAAUGUACAUCUAAUAAACUUCUCUUUGUGUUUGUU